AUGUUUUCUCAAUAUAUGAUGCUCUCAGUGCAGUACUUCUCACCGAAUCAAAUGGUACCUCGUUAUGUAUGCAUUCAAUUGCAAUUUCUUCCACUUUUUGGAGGAGCAUUUUCUGCAAUACUUAUCUUCACUGUUGCCAUUGACAGAUUGAUGUCGUUAUAUGUGUUUUACGAAGUCAUGUGUGGCAUAAUGGAUGCUAUGCACGGUCAAUUCCAAACGCUAUACAUGCUCAUACUAUGCACGCUGAGCUUUUUCACUUUGGUUACGUAUGUCAUUUUCCUUGUGAAAGUGAGGAGGAAGUCGAUAAAUCCUCAUAUGAAAGAGAUAUACCGCUCUCUGAUUGUUACUAGUUUCACUAUAGUAAUGUGUUCACUUGCUGUUGGAUUUGGCCUUUUUGUCGACAACAUUUUGCACAUAUAUAGUGACAGUAUGGAUUUGCUUGCUGGAAUAUCCAUCAACAUUUCCAUUGCUGCUAAUUUUUUUGUCUACUAUGCCAUCAGCAAACAGCAUCGAACAGCAAUCAAUAAGUAUCUCUACAUUGAUACCUUGAAGUCCGCUUUGGGUCUAUCUGAAAAGAAAGUUAGAAAAUUUGUUGUAACUGUGACCGUUAUUGAAUAA